AUGGGCAUGGUGGUGGUGAUCUCUCUGCCUUUUAUUUUGUUCACCAUACUCCUGGGUUUCGGGUGCUACUUCUUCGGGAGAGCGAGAGGGCGAAAGGACGCGAUCGCCACGGCUCAGGUUUACGGGAUGCCUGCUCCUCCGCCAGGAGCUACUAACUCUCUCCCUUCCUCUCCUCCACCACAUCCUUUCAAGUGGUAUGUUGGGACCUACCUCCUCAUUUCCACACUGUUUUGGCCAUCUCUUUCUAAGCCUCAUGAAUUACGGUCCCCCACUCCCAACAACACCGUUCAACAAUUUUUGAUCCCUCACAACACUCAGAGAUCAAGGCUCGGUCUCCGCCCUCUCAAAUGGAGCCGAAAACUGGAGAAAUACGCUUCGUGGUGGGCGCACCAGAGGCAAGAAGACUGCUCCUUGGUUCAUUCGAACAGCAAAUUUGGCGAGAACCUCUUCUGGGGCAGCGGUCGAGAUUGGAAGCCGGGUGACGCAGUUGCAGCAUGGGCGCAAGAGAGAAGUUACUAUACUUAUAGGACGAAUUCCUGUGCUCAGAACAAAGAUUGCUGGCAUUAUACUCAGAUGGUUUGGAGGCGGAGCUUGAAGAUUGGUUGCUCCAAAGUUACAUGUAGGGGUGGAGAUACAUUCAUGGUUUGUAUCUAUGACCCCCCGGGUAACUUUAUAGGCCAAAAACCAUAUUGA